AAAAAUCUUUUUUUUUAAAAUAUUAUGAUAGUCCCUCCAACAUUAAUUCAACCUCUAUUGAAAUACAAGUCUUUGACAACUUUUCUAAAGCCUAUUGCAGAAGCCUAUAUAAGUCUUGCAGGAUAUAGAAAACUCGGAUUACGAUAUGAAGACCUUUUGCCAGAAGAAAAUGAUGCUAUGGAAACAGCUUUAAAGCGACUACCGAAGUCAGAAGCGUAUGAUCGUGUGUAUCGACUACGUGUUGCUUUGCAAUGUUCAUUAACACAUACACUUUUACCUAAAAGCCAGUGGGUUAAAGCAGAAGAAGAUACGAGAUAUAUCAGUACGGUUUUAAAAGAAGUAGUGGCAGAAAUGAAUGAACGAAAUGAAUUAGAUACCCUAAUGUUGGAAAAAAAUCCUAAAGAUUAA